AUGUCUACUCCUCAAUUCUGGUCGACUCCCAUCCGCUACUGCCGCUGGGCCGCCCACGAGAAGCCCGCCAUCUUCUACUCCCUCAUUGUCGGCGCCAUGGGUCCCGUCGCAUUGGUGACCCUCCCCCCGAUCAGACGCUACUUCGGCUCCUACAACCUCCCGCCUGUUCCCUUGACAUAUCCCAUCCCCGCCGGUCCCCGAGUGAUUCCGGAAGGCUACGAUGACGAGUAG